CAAAACUGACGGUUUCUGAUCCGCAGCCACCCCUGUUAACACACCUCCCUUAUCCGGACAACCCAUUUCUCUAUCCAAAUUAAUCACAAAGCUUCCUCUUCCUCAACUAGAGUUAGUCUGAAACUGCUCCACAUCCACCGUCUCCUCUCUUCCUUUCUCUUUAUGGCAGAAACAGCUUCUUUCCUAGUUUCCUCCAACCCAUCUCCUACUCUACCGCAAAAUAUCACAACCAUUAGAACAAUAGCUGAAUCACCUGGGCUCACCUCCAUCCCCUCCGCGUACACCUUCACUCCUACUCCCCAUGACCAAGUAGUUUCAGAGACACAAAUCUCACUUCCUGUCAUUGAUUACUCUCUUCUCACUUCAGGUACUCCUCAUCAAAGGUCCAAAAUCGUUCAUGACCUUGGCAAGGCCUGCCAGGACUGGGGCUUCUUCUUGAUGAUCAACCAUGGAGUACCAGAAAGCCUGGUUAGAUCGAUGAUUGAUGGUUGUAGAGGAUUCUUUGAUCUCCCUGAAGAGGAGAAGGAAGAGUACAGAGGGAAGCAUGUGUUGGACCCAAUAAGGUGUGGAACUAGCUUUAAUGCUUCAGUGGAGAAGGUUUUCUUUUGGAAGGAUUUUCUCAAGAUUCUUUCACAUCCUGUGUUUCACUCUCCCAGUAAACCUGCAGGCUUCAGUGAGACUUCAUUAGGGUACUCCAAAAGAGCUAGAGAAGCAGCAAGAGAGCUGCUAAAAGGAAUAUCAGAGAGCCUGGGAUUGGAUCCCAAUUAUAUAGAGAAGGCAUUGAACUUGGAACAAGGUCUACAAGUGAUUGCAGCAAACUUCUAUCCACCUUGUCCACAGCCAGAACUUGCAAUGGGCAUGCCCUCUCAUUCAGAUCAUGGACUCUUAACCUUUCUAAUACAUAAUGGAAUUAGUGGCCUUCAAGUGCAACAUAAAGGGAAGUGGGUCAACAUAAAUGGCAUCCCUAACUCCAUUCUAGUUAACAUUGGAGAUCAUCUUGAGAUUUUGAGUAAUGGGAAGUACAGAAGUGUUCUACACAGAGCAAUGGUGAAUAACAAAGCUACAAGAAUAUCCAUAGCCAUAGCACAUGGACCAUCACUGGAUACAGUAGUUAGCCCAGCACCAGAGUUACUAGAAAUUGAAAAGAAGGCAGCAGCAUAUAUUGGCAUAAAAUACAAGGAAUACUUGGAAAUUCACCAAAGCAACAAGCUUGAUGAGAAAUGCAACUUGGAUAGACUUCGAAUUUAAGCUGUUUCAUUAAAAUAUACUGUAAAUAACUUGCAUAGAUACGUGCGUAUGUGAGUGUAAUUAUAUGUGUGUGUGUGUAAUUCAAGGGGUGAGUAUAUCAAUUAUAAUAUUGUGACUCUUGCAUUUAAGAUAUUUAGUGUAUUUAGAAAACUUUUUUAAAAGAUAA